AUGAAAAGGGAGGCGGAAGGCGCAGCAGAUAUCCGCGAAAUAUGUAUGCUAGGCAGAGAAAGUACCGCCGACGCCUCUUACGAAACGCAGGGGCCCAGCUUCGUGACGGAGCCGCCGUCAAGGGUGGAGUUCACCAACGUAAACGGCGGCCGGGUGGACUGCACCGUGCGAGGAAAUCCACUGCCAACCGUCGACUGGCUCGCGGCGGACGGCGGCAGCAUAACGAACAUCCUCGGCAUCAGGCAUGUCCUCGGCAACGGGACGAUACACUUCCCCGCGUUCGAGGCCGAGGCCUUCCGGCAGGAUGUCCACUGGGCCAUUUACAAGUGUUCCGCCGUCAACAGUGUCGGCGCGGUCGUUAGCAGAGACGUCACCGUCAGGGCAGUGGUAAACCAACGUUACGAUCCGGAAGUGCAAAAUCCCAGUGGCUUCCUCGGCAACAACGUGCUCAUGCGCUGCAACGUGCCCAGUUUUGUUCGCGAUCACGUCACGGUCACGUCUUGGCUCCAAGAACCAGUCUUCAAUAUUUAUCCCUCCACAAUGGGCGAUGGCAAAUAUCAUAUGCUGCCGACCGGCGAGUUGAUGAUAAUCAAUAUUACGCGAAGCGACGCGCAGAUGACGUAUCGGUGCAGAACGCAUCACCGGCUAACUCAGGAUACCGUCGUCAGCAGCAAUGUAGGGCGGCUGCAACUGACUGAAAUUCGUGGCUCCAUGCCGCCUAUAAUAAAUGAGAAACUGGUGUACAUGUCGGCUCGUCUAAAGGACACCGUCGUGAUCCCCUGCGUGGCCUACGCCAACCCCACUCCUACUAACAGGUGGUACUAUAAUAGGAAUCAGAGGGAGGAACCGAUCGAGGAAUCGUCAGGCCAUUACGUGAUGCGUGAUGGCUCCUUGAUUAUCCAGAGCGUCGAGGAGAAUGACGCCGGCUCUUAUAUGUGCACUGCCAGCAAUUCUGAAGGCAGCGAAACUUUGGAGAUCAGAUUAACAGUGUCUGCACCACUGAGUGUUCACGUGCAACCGGCGAUACAGACGGUUGAUUUGGGGAAAUCCGCCUAUCUGACGUGCACCGCAAGUGGAUUUCCGCAAGCGGCACUCUAUUGGCUGAAGGAUGGUCAGCCAUUGAGAACGGGCGCCCGGGUAAGGACGGUCUCCAGUGAGCGUAUUUCCGUGACGUCGGUCGCGAGAGAAGACCGCGGCAUGUACCAGUGCUUCGUGCGGAACGAGUACGAAAUGGCUCAAGGAAUUGCGGAAUUACGCUUAGGGGAGAUCGCGCCGCAGCUGGUCUACAGGUUUAUCGAACAGACAAUGCAACCUGGUCCAUCGGUUUCUCUGAAAUGCAGCGCCGCGGGUAAUCCCACGCCGCAAAUUUCCUGGCUGCUAGAUGGAUUUCCGCUUCCACAAAACGACAGGCUCCUGAUUGGCCAAUACGUGACCGUGUACGGGGACGUAAUAUCCCACGUUAAUAUCACGACUGUAAAGCCCGAAGACGGCGGCGAGUACGAGUGCAUCGCCAGCAGCCGCGCUGGUGAAGCGAGACACUCAGCGAGACUCAAUAUCUACGGACUGCCAUACGUCAGACCGAUGUCGCCCGUUUCAGCGGUCGCGGGGAAGCAACUAUAUAUCAAGUGUCCUGUAGCCGGUUAUCCUAUCGAAUCGAUAGUGUGGGAGAAAGGGGACAUAAAACUGCCUACCAACAUGAGACAAAGAGUCGCCAACGGCACGCUGUUCAUCGAUACUGUGCAGCGCAGCGCCGAUGAAGGCACAUACACAUGCACUGCCAGAAACAAACAUAAUUUCACGUCGCAUCGCUCGGUCGAAGUACGUGUUCUAGUUCCGCCGCGGAUCUCGCCAUUUUUUUUCGGAGACGGUGUGAUGGAGGGGCAGCGGACACAGCUUAUGUGUACGACGAGCCAGGGUGACCAGCCGUUCAACAUCACGUGGUUGAUGGACGAGAAACCAAUUCAGGUCAGAUCGAGCGACGGUGGUACAUCGGUGUCGUCGGUCCAGACCGCCGCCGCCGCCGCUGCCGUCGCCGCCGCCGCUGCUACCGUCGAGACCAGCAACGGCAUACAGAUAAGCGACUAUCCGCCGUUUUCCAGCAUCCUGACGAUAAAUAGCGUCAGCGCUAGUCACAGCGGCAACUACACGUGUCAGAUCAGCAACGUCGCUGGCCUGGCCGAGCACUCGACCAGCCUCUCAGUCGCUGUACCUCCGAGGUGGACCGUGGAACCUAUCGACCAGAACGCGGUUGUAGGUCACGGCGUCUCCAUCGCCUGUCAGGCCGAAGGAUUCCCCAUUCCGACUGUGACUUGGAAGCAAUCUAUCGGUGAAACUCCGGGUGACUACAGAGAGCUGGGAUACGGCACGGAGGGCGCCGGGAUGGCCAGAAACGGAUCUCUGGUGAUCCCGCGGGUAUCGCGGGAUCACGCCGGAUUCUAUCUAUGCCAGGCGAGCAACGGCAUCGGGCCCGGCCUCAGCAAGCUCAUUCGGCUAACGGUUCAUGCGGGCCCCCAGGUGACAGUAAGGACGAGGCAGGAAUCAGUGCGACGAGGGGAGAGCGUAAUAUUGCGCUGCGAGGCCGAGGGAGACGCGCCUCUUGAUCUUAGUUGGCGUGUUCGUGACAGCAAGAUCGAUCCUAAUUACGACGUUAGGUACGCGGUAGACAAUACGGCGGACGCGUCGGGACGCGUCACCACCGAGCUGCGGAUCAUCCAGGCAAGCCACAUGGACCGCGGUGACUACGUCUGCGUCGCCGCGAAUGCGUAUGGUCGCGACAAGACGACGAUCCACUUGCUCGUGCAGGAACCGCCCGAUUUCCCACGCAAUCUGCACGUGGCCGAGCAGGGCAGCCGGUCGAUCCUGCUGGCCUGGUCCUCGCCGGCGACCGAUCGGGACGCGAGCCACAUCAGCUCACCCAUCACCAACUACAUCGUACAGUACAAGGAGGCGCAAGACGUGUGGCAUGAGCACAACACGCAGAAGCUGGUAGCCGGAGACAACACGGUCGCUCGGGUAUCGCCCCUAAAACCCGCGACUACCUACCACUUUCGAGUGCUUGCGGAAAAUCAUCUUGGAACAUCAGCGCCAAGCGACAUCCUUCAUGUGCAAACGGACGGUGAAGUGCCCGGUGGACCGCCCAGGCACGUCUCCGUGGAGCCCCUGGGCCCGCAGCAGCUCAAGAUCACGUGGCAACCGCCGGAUCGAUCCCUGUGGAACGGCGAACUACUCGGCUACACCAUCGGCUACACCAAUCUCGGAGGAGAUGAUCAAUUGACGAACACGACACGAGUAGGGAUCACAGGAAAUGGGGACGGCUCGCACGAUUACAGACUGACGGGUCUACGAAAAUAUACCCAAUAUAGCAUAGUAGUAAAGGCGUUCAAUAGCAAAGGAGAUGGUCCAGGAUCCGAUCCCGUGACGGCUCACACAUUCGAGGACGUUCCAAGUGCGCCACCGCAGAAUGUAGCUUGCGCCGCACUGAAUGGUCAGAACAUCCAGGUGACCUGGAAACCACCGCCUUCUGAUAAAGUUCACGGGGUCGUGCUGGGGUACAAGCUGCUGUAUGAGGCCGCCUCGGACUCGCAGACCAGCAGGGAAACGAAAGUCAGUCAUGCUCUCAGCACGGUAUUGCAUUCUCUCAGCCCGUAUACCAACUAUACGGUGCAGGUACUCGCCUACACCAGAGCCGGGGACGGCGUUACGAGCACUCCUGUGUCUUGCACCACCGGCGAAACCGUUCCCGACGCACCAGAACGCGUAAAAGCGGUGAUCAGCGGUGAGAACGCCGUCGUGAUAUCCUGGUUGCCGCCGCGACGGCCGAACGGAUUGCUCGUUCAGUACACCGUCUACGUCCGCGUGUUGGAACAGGGCCAGGAGGUGAAGAUCACCAAAAACAUAUUACCCGCGCAGAAUCUGCAUCACGAGGCAACCGGAUUGAAGCAGCACGAGACCUACGAAGCGUGGGUGACGGCGUCGACUAAGGUUGGUCAAGGUUCCAGCACACCGGUUAUCAAGCUUCAACCCAGCACCACCGUUCCAGCUGCCAUAGUAUCAUACGGUGUGUCCAUCGUGGUACCGUGGCGAGUAGACGUUAAUAUGGCUUGCCUCGUCGUUGGUGAUCCUCGGCCAAGCGUCGAGUGGCGACGUGCCGACAUGAAACUACAACAGAAAUCCGAUGUUGGGCCCGACAAUACCUUAACUUUGAGAAACGUGCAGAGAAGUCAUGAAGACAAUUAUUCGUGUCACGUGAAGAAUUCGCUUGGCACGGACGAAAUUACGUAUACGCUGCAUAUACAGGUGCCGCCGACGUCGCCGACUCUGUUGGCAACCGGCACGACGACCGAUGCUAUCCAGCUACAAUGGAAGCAGGGCGACAACGGUGGCGCGCCUAUUAAGGGAUUUCUCUUAGCUUAUCGUCGGGAAUUCGCCGAAUGGGAGGAGGUCAUGCUAGACCGACGAGAGAGCACGCAUCUCCUCGAGGGUUUGCAGUGUGGCACGCGAUAUCAAUUCACCCUGGCAGCGUUCAACAGGAUCGGGAGCGGCAGCGCGAGUGACAUACAGACGGCGAAGACCAACGGCUCGAAGCCGGUCCCGCCGCCGAAGCAUCAUUUCGUUAGGCCGAAUCAGACGUUCGUUAUUCUAGAAUUGGCGGCCUGGCAGGACGGCGGCUGCCCGUUGACCUACUUUGUCGUGGAGUAUAGGAGACUGCCCGGGGAUUGGCUGCUCGUGUCCAAUAACGUGCCGCCGCAGUCGAAAUUCCCCAUCGUAGAUUUGGAGAGUGGCACCAGCUAUGAGCUUCGCGUGACGGCUUAUAACAACGCUGGUUCGACCCAGGCUGAGUACUUGUUCAGUACGUUGUCACCGAACGGAAACAACCGUUUGCACGAGGAUCAUCCGCAAGAGAGCGAGAACACUCCGCUGUAUCUCGACGCACACGUUUUAGCGCCUAGCGUCAUCUCUGUUCUCGCUGUCAUGCUGGCGAUUGCCGGAGUGUGCUUUUGCCUCAAGACACAUCCAGAAGGAUCCGGCGGCGCGAAUGACCCGAACUCGCAAACGCAAGCGGCCUUGGAUAACAAGCACAACAUGGAACAGAGGGAACAGUACUAUGCGACCGUGAGGAAACCAGGACAACAGUCACCUUGCCGUGAGGUGAGCGCCCUGGAACGAAUACCCGAGUAUUCGGAAGACAUUUAUCCGUAUGCCACCUUCAAUCUGCCCGAGCAGGAAAAUCUUUCGGCGAACCCCAUGAGACAGGCGUUCUUCUACGAACGCAGCGAGACGAUGCUGCAAGGUGCUCAAUGCGACGUGGACCAGUACACGAAAGUACGUGGUCGAGCGCGACGUAAAUCGAAAUCGUUCAAGUCGGAGUCGGAGGAGUACGACACGCUGGGCUCGGACAGCGACACGGAGGUCGGUACCAGCAGUCGUACCGAGUCGUCGAAUCACUUGGACGACUCCGGCCCGAUGUCGAUAAUGGCUCGCUCGCCGGGACCAAACUCCGUGAAUCAACGGGAGCAACGGCUCGCCCUGGUGCAGCGACCGGUUCAUCAUAAUGUGCUGUACCACACGCACGAAUCAAGUACAUCAACCGAGCCGUCACCAAUUUCUGAGAGAAAGACUUUCCCGAGGCUCGACAAGCAACGGAGUCGCGGCGCGAUCGACGUCGCGAUCGACGGUCGUAUUCCCGGUAUCCUGCGACCGGUGCUGAAGCUAUCGGAGUCCGGAGUGCAUUCGUGCUCGCGAGGAGCGUCGCCGAGUCGUCCGGUGCGUCCUGGUUCCUACGACAGACUGGAGAAGGAGCCGUCGAGCACCAGGAAAUCCGUCGAAUCGCUCUGUCUCCUAGAGGAGCCGAUGGGCACGUUCAGAAUGAUGAGGAGGGACGACGAUUGGGGCAGCGAGCUGUCUACGUUGGAAUUGAAGCCACCGAGCGGCUUCACCGACGUCCACGAAACCAGUGAGGCCGAAUGUGACAUCGACAUGAAGCUGAAGUUACACAGGAAACGACCGAGCGGCCUCCACUCGAACAGCUCACUCUCCAAAUCGCCCAAAGAUUUCACUAUCACCGUCUAAGUGUUUUAAUCAAAUAUCGAAACCAAAAAGAAAUUUAAAGAAAGCCAAAAAAGCGAAAGAUUUAAAUAAGCGAAGUAUUGCCAAAGCAUGAGUGUUAUUAAGUCAAGUACGUAAGUUACGAUUUACGCCAUCGAGAUUCUUGCGAUUGCCAACGUCGCUUUACGAAUCUAGAUCUCUGGAUGUUCGUCUUUUGGAGUGACUACUCUA